AACCAUCCUCGCCCAAUGCUACUUCUCAAAGAUACACAUCCCAAGAGAUCAAUCGAAACACGUGCCGUGAAUAGAAAAUAUAAGUUUUGGUGUUUCUGAGAACUCGUACUUGCAAUUCACAAUGUCUGGCCCUGGAUACGACGCCGUCGUUGACAUUGACGACGAGGGCGACCUAGGUCAUACGGAUCUCCAAGACGACCUCGAAUUUCAUAACUCAACCUUUUCAGAAACGACACCAGGUGCGCGGAAGCCAGGUGCGGUAGGCGGUGCCGGGUCCUCUGGUCUGCCAUUACCAGCGACAGCGUCGACAGUCUCGGGCAAGAGAUAUCUCUGGACCGUUUCCUACUAUGCGCAAUUCUUCGACGUCGACACAUCGGCCGUGCUGAGUCGCUGUUGGGCGGCACUGUACCCGCGUGCCAACUUUCUUGAUGUGCUCGAGGGGAACCCGGACUUGUACGGGCCCUUCUGGAUCGCCACGACGGUCAUCUUCAUCCUUUUCAUCGGUGGCACCAUAAGUCAAUACCUCGCCACGAGGGGAACGACGGAGGCUUUCGUAUACGACUUUACGUUGCUCAGUGGUGCUGCUGGUCUGAUUUACGGCUACACACUCUUCCUCCCGGUCGUUCUUUUCCUUGCACUGCGCUACUUUGGAUCCGAGUCAGCCAACCUGCUCGAAUGCUGGGCUCUUUACGGAUAUGCAAACCUGAUCUGGAUCCCCGUGGCCCUCAUAAGCUGGUCGCAGAUUGACAUAUUAAACUUUGUGUUUGUGGCUGUGGGCUUUGGCUACUCUGUUGCCUUCUUGCUCCGAAACCUUUACCCGGUCCUGAGCGCCACAGACCGCCAGACCAGCAAGAUUCUGCUGAUUGUGGUCGUGGCAUUGCACUUUGCGCUAGCUGUCACGAUCAAGAUCUUAUUCUUUGCGCAUCACAGUCCUGUGGCGAAGGGAGAUGGAAAGGCGCAAACUUGAUGAACUUGGCAUUGAAGAGCUCGCCGGAAAGUACCGGCGGCGGAAGGUUGUACUGUGUUGUACUUGUAUCUUAUUUAGAGCCAACAAACCUAUCGCAUUGCAUUUCAGCUUUGACACAAGACAACCAUCAAGGUUUGACUAUCCAGACGCACCAGCAAAAUUCCUUCUAAAUACGCACUAAACUAAAGCGUCAAGCUCGGCUGGGUGUUGUUCAACGUCAUAUUAUAUUGAUAAUUAUACAAUCGAUGGACCCGUUUAGGU